CGUGUAUGUGCCUCUCCUCGAGCUUAUUAUACCGAUUUCGGGCGUUUGUAUACUAUAUACUAGGUACUAGGUAAAAGCGAAAACCGCCGGGAUCUUAUUAUUUGGUUUUUUUGUUGUUAUAGGGGCUCGUUUGUACGAGCUAUGGAAGAAGUGUUGUUAGAGGGUAAAAAUUUCAAAUUGGUAACGGAAUCCGAGCUUCCAGAGAUCAUCGACUUCCUGGGCGACCAUUUGCCCGAUUCGAUUAAGUUUCAUCAAACGCUGAAGACCUAUUUGAAGGACCGCGUGUGGGAGUUUCAUUUCUACGUCACGAAAACGUGGCCGGAACAGGCUGUGAUUUUACAUUUUCCCGGAAUGACCAGAACGCCGAACGGUAAACUAUACGAGAGCUUCAGCGUGUUCUGUCCCAGCGACCAAUUGGACAACAUCUAUCUUCUAACCGACGAAGACGUCCUGAUCGAUUGGACUCGACCCAUUUACCUCAACUUCACGCACGCCAAGAUCAUGGAGAAAUUGGAGGAAAUGUACGCGCGAACGGGCACCAUGGAGAAACUCACCGGAGAGGUCUACUGCCAAUUGGACGAGGAGAUUCGCACUGAAGAGGACGAGAGCACAACGGUAUUCGCAGAGGACGCGGAGAUGAUGCAGCUGUCCGCCGAGCACGCCCCGAUGAUACACGAUCUCUAUCCGGCCAAUCACAUGGAGUGCGUCGAAGUGUUCGAGAAGCUGAUCGAGAAGCUGCCCUGCUUCGGGGUCUUCUCGGCCGACGGCGAUCUGGCCGCCUGGAUGGUGCAAUCCUAUUACGGCGCCAUGUUUUCCAUGCAAACGCGACCCGAGUAUAGGAGAAAGGGAUACGGACUGAUGCUCGCCAAGUACCUGACCAAAUUGGUGAAACAGCGCGGUUACAUGCCGUUCGUGGUAAUCCGUCCGGAAAACGACGCCUCGAAGGGACUGUACGCCAAAUUGGGUUUCAAAAAGUAUUUCGAAACGGUGAGAGCCAUCUUGCGGCCCCACGAGAUGUCCGGCGACGCCCAAGGCGGAGGAGGCGGUGGCGGGAAAGUGACCAAGCAAAAUGGGCAUUAAUUCAAGAAGAAUUCUUCUUUUUCUUUUUCUUUUUUUGUUUACACAAACACACACACACAAACGAAUCCCCGUUUAUUCGCG